UUUCUCCCAAAAGAAAAUGGAUCUUCAACAUAGCAACCAAGCAAGCAAGCCAGUGUAAACUUUCCUUUGAAUGCCGUUUGUUUAUGUGUGUAGAAAAUCCUUUUACUGCGUGGUAUCUAUUUGUAUUUUCCCUCCGGUUUCGGUGUUUUUCGCGCGAUAGGACACAAAGUUUAGUGUGAUGUGAAGUGUGGCUUCCCGAGGCGGUUUCGAAUGAAUUCUUUACGGGAAAGAAAAGUGCUUUCCGUUGACUAUCUUUUUCAACACCAAGUGAGAUGAAGUAGGAUAGAUAGAGCGUUCACACUCGCAUUGAACUAUCUUCAAUUUCCACAUUGUCACGAGAUAGAGAAAAAAAACGUUGUCAUAAGGGGUUAUGGUGGCUAUUUUUAUAAUUUCUACGUACAUGCUUUUAUUGUAAUUCGUUUCGCACGUCAUGCUCCCGCACAGCAUAAAACUGUCGGGGUCCAUCGCAUAUGCUAUACAAUGCAAGGAAGUUUUUCCCUUCCGGUACAGUACUGCGGGAUCGUACCGUUUAUGAUCGUUUUUAUCCUUAUACGCGGACUGUGAUCAUGUAGGAUAAGACGAUCGAUAGGCUGACUCUCGCAUCUCACACAAAAUCGGUGCAUCUUGAAGGGGACAAUCGUUGUUGGUCGAAAUUCAACAUCUUGCAGGGAGGUUUUUCUCCCUUUCGGUUGGCCAUACUGUCCCUGCACGGUUAUUCGUGUGAGUGUGUGUUUCGUCGCCUCUUGCAAUAAUACGUGUCAUGGGAAGCGAGCAAUAGUCGUGUAUGGUAUUUGUAAGAAAGCUUUUUUAAUAAAAAAGGUUUGAACAAUGUGUAAAACCACAAACCAACCAAGAGUGUAGGUAGUGGUGGUGUGGUGCAAUACACAAAAAAAACUCACUAGAACGUUUCGCUAGAAAGAUAGCUACAGCUACAAUUAAGGGAAAAACUCCCAUCAAAAUCGGAUCGAAAUGAGAGCGACACCACAGCACAGAGGGGCGAGAACGAGAAAGGGCGAUAGAGAGAAAAAAAUGGAAACACGCUUUCGCUCACCCAUACCAUCAAGGACGAUGAUUAGCGGCGCCAACCACGGAAUCAGCGUAUUUAAUAUUUUGCCCUUAAGGGGGGGAAUUUCGGUACCUGCUUUUUACAAUGUGUAGUGACAUUUCAUCGCGCACCACUACCAAUGCAACGGGCUACACACAUUCCAUUCCGCGCGAUGGGUAAACGAAGAAAACAUCACGAAGCGCACAAUCAACGAAGGCCGCCAGAGAUAGGUGUUUUUGUGUGUACAAUCGUGAACCAUUUGUGAGUGUGAGUGUUUCGGAAGGGGUUGGAAAAUGUCAUUUAGAAAAUAAUUUUCGGUGCAAACAUAAUUUCAUCACGCACUUCAUCCGCAUUUGUAGUCGGAAGAUGCAUUUGCACACUGGCGUUUUUCCACUAACGCACGCACACACACAUACGUACGCACUGUGAAAAGAACGGUAAAGCAAAAAAAAGGGAAUACAUGUGUGUGUGUGUGUGUGUGUUUGCGUAUUUUUCAAACGCCGUUGAUAGCUGAUCUGACAUAUGAGAAGAGGCGCGCGCGCGCGUGUGUGUGCGUAUGUAUUUUGAUUAGUGUCCGACGCGUACAGUGUAGCAGUUGUGUUUCGUUGUGUGCGGGAUUAUGUUUUCGAAUCAAAAACCCGUUGGGUGAAGAGUGCAAGCGUGUGUGCGAAACUCGCGUACACGAGUUGGUGGCUCUUUGCGCUGCAGACAAACGGCGCAGCCAUUCGAAAUUUUCCACCAUCAACAGCGCAUCGAAAACAGUGCGAACAAGAUGCCAACAGUGUUGCGCGAGAGUGACAAACAGCUGAGACACGGUUUGUUGCAAGACAGAGUGCCUGCCGUUUAUGUCAAAUCAAUCGAUUGUAUUGAUUUACAACGCUGGAUAUAUAUCCAUCACCAACAAACACCACAGAUAAGUGUAUUCGGUGUGUAACAGUGAAAGAAGGGUGAAAGGUUGAAAAAAAGUGCAUGGUGCGGCAAGUUUACAGUGUGGUCUAUUGAGUGGCCAAAGUUUGAAUAGAAAAUGAUGCCUUGCCCGUGCUUAAAUUUAAAUGCAAUAAGACAUACAAAAUCCGCUUUGCAUCCGUGACGUGAUCUUGGGUGGAUUUAGCGCCCUUUUUGCUACAGUGUACGGCGCUUUUGCAUCCCUUCCAAGCCUUCAAUCGCACGAAACGCAAAGCAAAAGGGGUGUAUGAUUGUGUGUGUGUGCGUGUAUGUGUGUAAAGCAACAACAGCAACAAAAAUAAACGGAAACAGCGAGUGCGUACAGCAUCAGUUUGUGGUGGUGUGUGAGCGCGGUACAAUAAGCACAGUUGCUAGGCAUUCUGUUUUACCCAAUCGUGUCAGCAUUGUGUGUGUAGUGCAAAACUUCAAAAAGCGGUCAUGCGACGCAACAAUCGCACCCGUGCCGGUGCUGGUGUGGGCGGUGGAGGAGGAAUAAUGGCGGUACCGAUCAAUCCUAGUACGGCUAGUGGUGGUGGUGGUGGUGGUGGUGGUGGUGGUGGCCGGCUGAUGACACGAGCACACGACAAGCGUCCUUGUGAGGAUUACCGUGAUCACGAGGAACCCAGCAGCAGUAGAAGCAACAACUUCCCGGUGUCCGGCAAGAAUUUACCCGCAAGGAUAUCAGCCCGACCCGUCGGUUCCAUCUAUAGUAUCACGAAUUUAGAAAAUGUUAAAAACAAAAUGUCAUCACUCCUGUCGGGCUAUGGUAAAAUGAAAGGACUCUCCGAAUCCAUCGAUCCAGCAGCGUUAAUCGAGCAAGUAGUGCAGGAUAAGAUGAAACAGAAUAAAUUACAGCAAAUGCAACGUCAACGACUGUUGGCAGGUUCUCGUGGUGGUGCUGGAGGCCAAUCAUCCAGCAGCAAUAGUGCCACGUACCGACAGGUGUCCGAAACGCACAUGAUCAUCGAUUCGGAUGUUACGAGCGGGGAGGAAGUGGAGGACGAUGAUCUUGCGCUGGACGAGAUGUGUCUGCAGACACACGACGGUAUGCAGCUGGUCGAAGAUGAGGAAAGCGACAAGUCGGACUUUGAGCAACCAGAAGUGAAUUCAUCUUCAAGUUGGUCCAUGCGCAAGAGAAGCGGAAGGACAGUCGAUACGACGGCUUGCGAUACUACGUCGUCCGUCCACGAGGAGGGCAACGAUGAGGAGGUAGACGAGGACGAAGAGUACGAAACGCAUGAUCACGAAGAUCUGCUGCAGGGUGACGAUGAGUACGAGGAACUGGACGCCGAUCAGUACGUGGUGGAUGACGAACAGGAAGAAGUUGACGAGGAACAGGAUCAGGAGGAGGAGUACGAUGAGGAGGACGCCGAGGACGAUCACGAACCGGUCGAUACGACGGAUGAUCAUCAGCAGGAGGAAGACGGGGAAGACGAGGAGGCGGAAGAGGAGGACGAAGAUGACGUCCCGGAGGAUGACGAUGUGCAGGAGGUGAUCGAUGUGGAAAAACACGAUCAGAUGAGGGAGGAAAGCUUCGGCAAACAGAAGCAAAACAAUGGCAACACUUAUGGUGCCGGUGGUGACAGAACGUCGUCGCGUGGACAACACGACAAGGAUAGUGUCAUUUAUAAUGGUACACAAACGGCGGCAUCACAACCAUCACAGGGCGAAUUGGUGGAGGAAGAGAUGGUUAAAAUAUCGGCCAUCAAAACUAAGGUUCAACUUAAUGACCAGGAUAAAGUUAGUUUGGACGAUUUCGAGAUGCUGAAAGUCCUUGGAACCGGAGCGUACGGAACGGUGUUCUUGGUGCGAAAGAAAACUGGUGUAGAUAAGGAGAAAGUCUACGCGAUGAAGGUGCUGAAGAAGGGUAUCGUAAGCCUGAAGAAAAAGACAGCAGAACACACGAGAACCGAACGACAGGUGCUUGAAGCGAUACAGGAGGCUCCGUUUCUGGUAACGAUGCAUUACGCCUUCCAGACCGAAUCCAAGCUGUACCUGAUCCUGGACUACGUGAUCGGUGGUGAGCUGUUCACGCUGCUUUGCAAGCGAUUGCUCUUCGAGGAAUCGGCUGUCCAGAUUUACAUCGCAGAGAUAAUAGUUGCAAUCGAACAUCUUCACAAGCUCGGCAUCGUGUAUCGCGACAUCAAGCUGGAAAACAUUCUGGUCGACAUGGAUGGCCACAUCGUGCUGACCGAUUUCGGCUUAUCGCGUGAGCUCACGUACGAACAUGAACGUGCGUACAGCUUCUGCGGUACGGUCGAAUAUAUGGCACCGGAAAUUUUAAAACCAAGACCCGAAGGCCACGACACUGCCGUCGACUGGUGGUCGGUCGGUGUGCUCACGUUCGAGCUGCUAACGGGCGCUUCACCGUUUGCGGCUGAACCGAACGACAUUGCUAGGCGCAUCACGGAGACGGAAGCAAUUAUUCCGGAAAAUCUAUCAGCCGAAGCGACCGACUUUAUCCGUAAGCUACUGGUGAAGGAUCCGAAGCGACGGCUCGGCAGCGGGAAGACCGAUGCGUCCGAGCUAAAGUCGCAUCCGUUUCUGCGUUCCAUUAACUGGGCACGGUUGGUACGGAAACAGAUACAGGCACCGUUUCCACCAGUGGCCGAGAAUGAUCGCGAUACGCGGAACUUUAGCUCCGAGUUUACCAAGCAGGAUGUCGUGGAAAAUCCGUGCGCACCGCCAAAGAAUGCUGAUCGGUUGUUUAGAGGAUAUUCUUACGUUUCACCGAAGUUGCUUACUGAAAACGUCGUGGAUCGAAAUAAGUUUAUUCCGAUCCACAACAUGCGUCCGCAGGAAAACUACAUUAGGCAAAAUGCAUCAAAGCAAUCGAGUUUCUUCAGAAAGUACGCACUGACGAGCGAUUCAGCGAUUGGAGUCGGAUCGUAUUCGACGUGUCUUAGAUGCCAGCGGCUACGUAGCAAUAAUUUCUUCGCCGUUAAGGUCCUGUUCAACCAUCCGCACACGUCUGAGUUCGCCAAACGCGAGGUGGAAGUAUUGCGCCAGUGUCAGAAACAUCCGAAUAUAACGCAGUUUGUCGAAAUACUAGAGGACAACCACUACAUCUAUAUUGUGCUGGAGCUGCUCGAGGGUGGUGAACUGCUGCAACGCAUCAAUCGACAACCCGCCCAGCAAACGGAGUCACGAAUUCGCGGCUACUUUUCCCAGGUAGUCGAUGCGGUCGCAUACAUUCAUCUGCAGGGUUACGCACACCGGGAUUUGAAGCCGGAAAAUGUACUCUUCGAACGAUCGUCAUCCGAUCGGUUACGGUUGAUCGAUUUCGGAUUUGCCGAGCGGCUCGACAGCAACAGUGAUGAACCACGGCUUCCGGCCGGUACGCUCGGCUAUGCGGCACCAGAAGUGAUCGGUACCACGUCGUCUUCCGACUCCGAUUCUUCGUACUCGCUCGAAACGACUGACCUGUGGUCGCUCGGAGUCAUCCUCUACACGAUGCUGUCCGGUCAAGCACCGUUCAUCCCGCGCCAGUUCUUUGGCCACGACAAUCUUGCAUCGACGUCGAAGGAGAUGGACAUCAUUACCAACAAAAUACGACGCGGUUCGUUCGAUCUCAGCACCAGCAUCUGGUUGGGUGUGAGUGAAAGUGCAAAGAAUCUAAUACGCGCGCUGCUCACCGUUAAUCCGAAGCAACGCAUUACGAUGCAGGAGCUGCAGCGGCACGAUUGGUUGUGCGAAAGUGGCAAACGGCGUGGGCCGCAUUCGUCACUAUCCGCGUAUAGCCGUGGUUUGCCCGGCCAAACCAAGGUACCGUACGAGAAGCUGCAGGUGAAUGUGCGCAACACGUACGAUGCAUUUAAGCUAGCGGAACAGAGUGGUUUCCGGUUGCAUAAGGAAGGUGCAAGCCGGCGAAAGAGUGCCGGUGCAUUGAUGCAAACGACGGUACCAUCGCAACGGGAACGCAGAACCACUAGCAACGGUACCAACAACGGUGAACUGGUGGAAAAAUCGAAUUCAAUAACAACCGUAGUGCCUAAUCAUCAUAACGCUCUCAGUAGUAAUAGUAAUAGUAGUAUUAGCAUAAACAGCAACAGUAGCAAAACCAAACGAAUACACCAACAGAACGAUAGGAAGAAGGAUACCAGCAGUCUACCCGUAUCGAGCACGAAAUCGAUCGAAUCCCAGUAUAGCAGUUCGAUGGAGGAAAGCACAUCGAGCGGUAUCGGUCGUAGCAAAAGUAGCAAAAGCAGUCUGUCCCAUUCGGGCAGUCCGCUGCGCGAUACGCGCCAGAUGUCCAACAGUUCCGUCGUGAUCGUUAUCGAUGAGGAUGAGGAUGAGCGGGACGGGCACAGCAAUGUAGCGUUGCCAGUUGUGAGCAGUACCGCCACAAAAGAACCGACCGAAGCGUCCAUUGCUGUUGAAAAUGUCUCGCUAGCUGCAGAUAGUCCGACCAAGCAAAAGACGGUGGUAAAGGAUAGUGCGAAAGAAACGGUUGAGGAACAAACGGAUGAAAUAGUUAUUGAUGUGGAGGAAGAAGAGAUAAGCAAGGAUGCAGACAGUGAGAAAGUGGAAGAGGAAAAGAUUCCUUGCAGUAGGAAAUCAAGUCAAGCAGAAAAUAACAACAAUGACGUACUGGAUGGUUUAGUAUCAACGACGAAACAGCAGCAGCACCAUCAAAUCGAUGAUGCAGUGAAUGUUAAUGUAGCACGUGUGACGAUGGAGGUGCGUCAAAUUAUGAAUGAAGAGGAAUUUUCCGAUACGACUAAAGAAUUAUUAGGCGCUACAAUAUACGUAGAACCCGUGAUCGAUAGUAUACAGAAUAUGAAGGAAAACAAACCGCCUCGGAAUGAUAGGAAAAAGGAACAGGUAACAGUGCCAGCGUCGCUCCCGGAAGCUAGCAGUAGUAGGAUUAGUAACGUUGCUGUUCCCGCACCGCAUCGGACAAAUUUGAAUAUAAAGAAGGAGCGAAACGAAACACGUUCCCGGAAUGCAGUAACCCGUACGGAUGGUAAUUGCUGCUCCGUCCAGUCGUACGGGUUGGAAAGAUUUUUCACACUACAACUGCUGAGGCAGGAAUUUGUGUCAUGCAGGGACGCGGAUUGUACGCUUCUGCCUCGCACAAUUUCGGUACAUUCUGAUAACGAUGAUAUCGUGUACCUUGGUUACAAAGAGUUGGAUGAACCAUAUCUUGGGUUCGAUGAGGAAGAGUGCGAUCGAUUUUAUGGCUACACGCCAUAUGAGCAGAAAAUACGAUCCAAGCUAUCAAAUGUAAAACAAAAGAUUAUCGACAAUUAUUCAUACGGCGGUGGGUACGCGAACGUGAAACGGGAACCGCACCGAAUAACGAAACGAAGAGCAGAAGUAUCGUAUGAUGAUGGGGAUGAUGUAAAUGAACCGCGCCCAAAGCGUUUUCGGCAAAUCGAGCGGAAAAACUAUUCCCUAACAAACCGGCAAAACACGUCGGCAUUUGGUCACACGGACGGAAAGUUCAUGAUUAAACGCGAAGUGUGUUGAGCUGGUAUGAAUGCUUCUCACUAGUUGUGGCAAGGUGCCGUGAGAAUUGUUGUGUUAUAGGUACGAGUAGGUAGGAGUUAACUAUUUAUUUAUUACUUUCCACCACCACUACCACCACCAAAGCGCUGUCCCCGAUGUAUAAAACCGUUUUUUUCUGAUACAUUUUGCUGCUGCCUUUUUGGGGAGAAUCGAUACAGGUGUAUUCUAUCGUUUGUAUAAACAUUGUGCAUAACUUUUGCACAAUGCUCUUGCGUUUGCUACUUAUGUUUAUAUCUUCUUUUACGCCCUUCAGUACUGGUGUAAUGAGUUUGUUCACAGCGAUAAGAUCAAACAUUUUAGACACACAAACACACAUGUCUCCUUAUCUAUCUCACUCAUCGUAAUUGUUCAAAACAUGAUUCUAAAAUAUUUUUUAAAGCAAAAUUUCAACUCACUGAAUGAUGAAGUGGUGACCUAUUUUUGCAACGAGAGACGAAUACGCAUUCGUAUUUAAGUUGUGCGAUUGAGAUAAUAGUUAUAAGCGUAGGUUUUGGUUUUCCGUUCACUACAUUAAAAAGUUUUAUUUUUGUUAGUGUAUGUCAUGGGAAUUAUUAUCGCCCUAAUGGUCUUUGUUACUUUAGUUUUAUUUUUUUUUAUUUGAGGAUUUUGUUUUGUAUCUUCCCGAUCUUAUGCUACUGAACUCAAUGGAACCGUUUUUUAAGGAAUUUAUGCGGGAAUGAUUCUAAUUCUACUACAGCAAUUGUCUCUGGUAGAGUGGAGUGGCGAAACGUAUCUACGUUUAUUGGUUGCAAACACCACGAUGCAACGAUUAGGAUAAAAUUUCCUAUAGUUUAAUCUGUACAUUACGAGAGAAAGUGCACUUACAGAUGAAGAAAAGUUGGUCAGGACAAAAGGCAAAAAUCGUACAGUGAACUGUAGGUUUUUGCGAAGAAUCUCAUCCAUCUCUAACCUGAUUGUGGUGCGUAUUCAGGGGCGACAUUUUUCAGCAAUUAUAAAGAUAAGUAAGAUAAGGACAGAGAGAUAGAGAGAGAGAGACAAUGAAAGGGGAAGGAAACAUCAAUGGUUCUCAGCAGACAAAAAAAAGCAAAACAAAUCAAAUCAAUACACACAAGCGUUACUCGGUAUAGGGUAAGCAAACACAGUGAUCAUACAUGGGGAAGUAAAACAGUGUCGGUUUUCCAAAAUCUUCCAUAUCCUUGUAAAGUUAUUCGAUGUAAAAUGUAACAUAUUGUUCGACGAAUUUAGAACAGGGAGCGUCCCAUGUAAGCGAAAAGAAAAAGUGUACACGGCAUGAUCAUUUCCCUCUUUAGUGCAAGUUUAUGCAAAGCAAACAAUUGCAUAUUUUGAGCUAAACAAACACACAUAACACAUGUUUUGAAAUAAGAUUUGUAUAUAGACAUUCUUUUAUAGAAUACCCGUACUGCGUACUCGUCGUUUUUUUAAAGGCCGUAGCUUGUCUACGAGUUGUACAUAUACAAAUGUAUGUGAGAGUGCAUGAAAAAGAAGACCAAAGUCGUAAGGAAAUUGAGCCUUAAAAGAAGACACAAUACCGCCUGCGGUUCGAUACCAUAGCAAACAAAAUAAAAUAUGCUGGGUAAGUAACAUUUUGAAAAUAAAACAUAAUAAAAAAUGUAGUAGUGUAGGGGGAGAGUAAAAUAAAGAAAAAAAAAACUGACGUAUCAAAUGACGUUUGUCAGUGAGUUUGAUGCAGGGCUAGAGGGAAACAUGAAAUUUAGUUUUUAUUAUAAUUAGGUAUAAAGUAAAGAAGAAAAAAAACACACACACAAUAACAACAAACAACAAAUGCAUAACUUUACAGACCUCACGAAAAUGGUCGAUAAUGAAUAUCUUUUAGUAGUUUGUUAAGUAAGAACAGUAGAAGUAAAUUGUAGUAUGUUCCAUUAAUUUAAUAUAAAAAACGUGCACAAUGCAUUGGACAUUUUACGAGACUAGAGUUAUCAAAACUGUAAAUUUGUUCAAAUUUACAUCGCCUACAAAAGGAAAAAGGAUGUGUGGGACUAAGUAUGGAAAAUCGUCACACACACACACACACGCACGUGCGUCCGGUGAUGUUUCAUAUCCAAACAAUACAAAUUUGUGAAGUUGAAUAUCGUUUGAAGCACAUACAUAUAUAUGGAGGGGGAUGAAUUUGUUUUACAAUUUAUAUAUAUCUAGACCACAUUAUCUAGCAGAUGGUAUGUAUAAUGCAGAAGUAUGGUAGAUAAGGGAUACAAUGCUAUGAUACACAUUUAUGGUUUUAUCAUUAAAGUUUUCGUUGCUGAAACCGUAGAUAAGAACCAUUGUAAGAAAUUAAAGCUAGGAAGAGACAUGUCGGAACUGUUAACUGUGUGCGUGUGUGUGCGUGUAGGUCCAGAGAACCAGAGCAAGAGACUGCACCGAGAGGUGAAGAGGGGGAAAAAUACAAAGGAAAGGGAAACACAAUUUAUAUAUAAACGCAAAACUCUUAGUUUGAUAAGUAGUCACACAGAGCAACCAAGAUGGAGGCGGAAAGAUUGUGUAAUAAUAAUUAACAAGAAGUGUUUUCCUCAACUAAUGUUACGUACAUUUCUAGCUAAAUAAUGUUUUGCUUUUUACUGGGGUUUUUUGAAAAAAAAAAAAACGUUUUGCCAACCGCCCAACCACACACACACAUAUUAAAAACGUGUUUUUUGUGCAGUUUUUCUUUCCUUUUCUUUUGUUGUUUUGUUUGAGCUAGAUUUGUUUAGUAAAUAGUAAAUACAAGAAAAGGGAUAAGCACACACACACACACUCACAUUAUAUAUGCUUGGUUUGUUUUUCCCUUAGGUUGGUAGACAGGCCUUUAACAAAAAUGAUAGGCACACUAUACAUUAUGUUUUGUAAUAACGGUGCCCAAUCAUGUUUGUGUGUUUGCAAAGUUUUAAUUUUAUUUUGUAUCAACAUUCGUACGGGUACGUCCUGUACUCAUGCCAAACCACAUGCUGGAAUGGAUGGUUUACAUCGGUGAGUGUUUUGCUGAUCUCUCCGACACAAAAUCAGACCAAUUUAGUGCGUAUACACAACCAACAGAAUGGAAAUAGUUUAAAAACCUCACAUAUGGACAGAAUAAAAAAACACACACACAUGAACGAAUAAUUACUUUACAAAAUUUGAAAA